GUAGACCGGAGCGGCGCCACGUCUCUAGCGGCGGCGGCGGCGGGAGAGGAGUUAAUUAGGCCUCCGAGCAGCUCCGGGUAGCCAUGGCGUUUACCCUGUACUCGCUGCUGCAGGCGGCCCUGUUGUGUGUCAAUGCUAUCGCCGUGCUGCACGAGGAGCGCUUCCUCAAGAACAUUGGCUGGGGAACAGACCAGGGGAUUGGAGGAUUCGGAGAGGAGCCAGGAAUUAAAUCUCAGCUAAUGAACCUUAUUCGAUCUGUAAGAACUGUGAUGAGAGUGCCAUUGAUAAUAGUAAACUCAGUUGCAAUUGUAUUACUUUUAUUAUUUGGGUGAAGAUCGAUGGAAAUGGAGAUGCAUAAGAAGAGAUGCCAGCAGAAGUUACUGCGUCAGUCACUAUUGGAAUAUACCUAUUAUAGCUGGCUGUCCUUGGACUUGACAAAAAUGUAAACCUGACAAUAAAAGCAGAAUCCCUAUUUAUCUGAUUUUUUUAAAAUGUUGCCCUUACAGUUUUAUUACAAAAAUACCAGGUUAUCAAAGGCAGUAACUGUACAGGGUUGAAAUACAUUUGAUUGCUGACUGUUAAUAAAAGUUCAUGCUUUAGUAAAGAUUGUUAAAAGGGUACAGGUCACUUCUGUGUUUUUUGAGAUUUUUCUCUCAUUUCUCAGGGAUGAAUUUUUUUUCAAGGUUUUGAAGUUCUUUGUGACUUAGCUAUGGUGUGUGAGUGAUUUAUAAAGAAAAAAACCUUCCUAAAUAAAAAUCAAAGGAUUUUUUAAAGUAAUUACAAAUAGGUAAUUUGGAUAAUUUUAUUUUGAACUCUUUGGUUAAAUAUUUUGUCUAUAUAUAUCAUCAGCAAAUUUAUAGUAACUAUUGAGCAGUACUCUGAUAUGAGGGAGAAUUUUAAGUUUGUAAGUCAGAUAGAUACAUGAUGAUUGUGUUUUUGUUUCAAGUUGUUUUCGUGUGUUUGUUAUUUUAUUAAUUGGCCUGAGUGAUGAAACCAGAUCAGUAUCUACGUAUUUUCACUGGCAGAGAAGUCUAUGUAGAAAGUCUAUGCCCUUUUCAGUAAUGACUUAUAAAAUCAGCAUAAAUAUUGGCCUGUAAGAGCAGUCUUAAACAAUCAAAAUUAAACUAUACCCAUGUGAGAAGACUUUAUUGUAAGCAUUUAUCUCUCCCCAACAUUAUCAUAAAUUUUCAUUUUGAGGAGUAGCAUAUUAGGGAAAUGAUUCUUAAUUCAUCAUUCUAUCAAUAGAGCAUUCAUACUAGAUAAGUUGUUUUUGUUUUGUUUUUAGGUCAUAAACCACCCCAUAAUUGCUUAUCCCAUAAUACAGGUUUAUGCACAAAGAUUAAAAACUAUGUAAAUGAUUAUGCUGGAAAUUGUCAGUACAGUAUUUUAAAGGGGUGUAAUGGCAUCUUUAUAGGAGAACAUUUGUAAAUAAAGUUAAGUUUCCAAGUCAAA